AUGCUCUACGCUGACGACGCGGCCAUCGUCUCGCGCUCGCCCGAGAGUCUCGAGAAGAUGAUGUCGGUCAUCGUGCGCGUGGCCGGCCUGUUCGGACUGAUGGUAUCGGAGCCAAAGACGGAGAUCAUGUGCAUGCUGCCGAAAGGGAUCGAGGAACGCCCGUUCACGGUCAGCGCCGCCGGCCAGACGUACAAGCAGACAGAUCGGUUUGUGUACCUCGGACGUAUCAUCUCCGCGGACGGGAAGGCCGACCGGGAGAUCACGAGCCGCAGCUGCCGAGCGUGGAAGUGCUACCGCCGGAACAGUGCUUCGAUGUACGACAGGCGACGGGCCAACCGCCAGCUCAAGAUCCGGCUACUCCAGGCUGAAGUGGUGGAGACUCUCCUGCAUGGGUGCGCCUCGUGGAGCCUAACAGCGGAGCACUACACGAAGCUCAAUGGGACCCACCGCCAGUUCCUUACACGGUGCAUCGGCUGGAGCAAGCGGAAACGCUCAGACCGCCCCCUGUCUUAUACCCAGGCCCUCAUCCAGGCAGGCUGCGAAGAAACCAUCGAGGCCAGCGUGCGCAAACGGGGACUAUGUUUCGCGGGCUUUGUUAUGCGCAUGGAAGACAGCCGCCUCCUCAAGCGCAUGCUGGUAGGAGCGAUGGCGGGGAGCGUGGGAUACCGGGGCGGGCAGGAGA